AUGCGUGCAUGGCAUACUAUACUUCUUCUCCCGGUCCUGGUAGCCUCAACUGCAACCGGCCGCUGUCGUCCAGCACAAGCCAGCAGUCGCAAAGACUGGGAUGACUUGAGCACCCAGGAAAGGACCGACUACAUAGACGCAGUCUGGUGUCUACGAGGACGUCCGGCUGUCCUUCCCAACGACCAAUACCCAGGAGUACGAGAUCGCCACGAUGACUUUGUAGCCACACACAUCAACUACACCCUCAACAUUCACAACGACGGUCUCCUCCUCCCCUGGCACCGGCAUUUCACCUACCUCUACGAAAAGGCCCUCCAAGACGAAUGCGACUAUCAACGAACCGUCCCAUACUGGAACUGGCCCACCACAACCAACCUAACCGCCUCCCCCGUCUUCGACGGAUCCCCCACCUCCUUCUCCGGCAACGGCUUACCCCAAAACAACACCUCGAACCUAUGCCCCCUAAACAUCACUCCCUGCCCCUCCCCCGGCACCGGCGGCGGGUGCGUAACCACCGGCCCUUUCUCAAACUGGUCCAUGCACCUGGGCCCCUUCUCCCUCUCCCAAGUAAUUCCCUACGGGGACCUCCCCGCCAACGCCUUCGCCUACAACCCACGCUGCCUAUCGCGGAACUUCACCACGGACUGGCUCGCUGCCCUGAACACCCAGGACAAAGUGGACGACAUGCUCGCGGCCACCGAUAUCGAGGGGUUCUUGGAGCUGAUGAGUCCCAGUGCGAAUGGGUAUGCGGGGGCUCACGAGGGAGGGCAUGCGAGUGUGGGGGCGAAUAUGCUGGAUACGUUUGCGUCGGCACAGGACCCUGUGUUCUUUUUGCAUCAUGCUAUGGUGGAUCGGGUGUGGACGUUGUGGCAACUUGGGGAUUGGGACGCGAGGAAAGAUGCGUUGAAUGGGACGACGGUUGUGCAUAAUCCUCCUGGGGCGCCGGAGGUUACGUUGGAUACGGUGAUGGAGUUUGGGGUGUUGGAUGAGCCGAGGAGGGUGGAGGAGGUUAUGGAUGUGUUUGGGGGGGAUUAUUGUUAUCGGUAUGAUUAG